UUUGUGUCGUUACGUGAAGAUGAAGUAAGCUAGCUGAGCGACUUCUGGAUAAGGGGCACCGAUGUCACCAUGGAAAGGACUCUCUGACCACGGAGAAGCUAACAUUUAAACGUGCGUCUGUGACCCGAGCUGUGACCAUGUUGGCACGCCUGUUCAGGCUCCACGGUCUGCUGGUAGCCUCCCACCCGUGGGAGGUAAUAGUGGGCACCCUGGUUCUCACCGUCUGCCUGGUGUCUAUGAACAACAACCUGGCAGCCAGCAGCCAGAUGUGCAGCUGGAAUGAGUGCCCCAAAGUCGAGGAGAAGAUCCACAGCAGCGACGUAAUCAUCCUAACAGUCACACGAUGCAUGGCCAUCGUUUACAUCUAUUUCCAGUUCAAGAAUCUGAGACAACUGGGCUCCAAAUAUAUACUGGGUAUUGCGGGGUUGUUCACCGUGUUUUCCAGCUUUGUUUUCAGCACAGUGGUCAUCCACUUCUUUGGGAAAGAGCUGACAGGUCUUAAUGAAGCUCUGCCGUUCUUUCUCCUGCUCAUUGACCUGUCCAAAGCCUGUACAUUGGCCAAAUUUGCCCUCAGCUCAAACUCUCAGGAGGAGGUGAGGGAGAACAUCUCACAGGGCAUGGCCAUCCUGGGCCCCACCUUCACCCUGGACGCUCUGGUGGAGUGUCUGGUCAUUGGGGUUGGCACCAUGUCAGGUGUGCCUCAAUUAGAGAUCAUGUGUUGUUUCGGCUGUAUGUCCGUCCUGGCCAAUUACUUUGUCUUCAUGACCUUCUUCCCUGCGUGUGUCUCCCUGGUGCUGGAGCUGUCCAGGGAAAGUCGUGAGGGCCGUCCGAUCUGGCAGCUGAGCCACUUUGCCCGUGUGCUGGCUGAAGAAGAGGACAACAAGCCCAAUCCUGUGACCCAGAGGGUCAAAAUCAUCAUGUCUCUGGGCCUGGCUUUGGUUCAUGCUCACACUCGACUAGCAGCUGAGCAUCCGGGUCAGAACCGCUCGGUGGACGGGCCCCUGGCUACGAGAUUGGACUCUGGUGGUACCAUGAGGCCUCUGAAGCUCACCAGCAUGGACCUGGAACAGGUGAUAACUCUCGGCCUUGCUCUGCUCCUGGCUGUGAAGUACGUCUUCUUUGAGCAAACAGAGACGGAGUCCUCCCUGUCCCUCAUGAGUCCCAUUAUCAGCUCUCCUCCGACCCAGAAGCCCAGGAUGGCAGGAGACGGCUGCAGGAGGGACCUCCCGGCCCUGAAACCCCAGACAACCACCAACGUUCCUUUAGCAACCGACGCUGCCUCGCCAGCUGCCUUCGACUCUAAACUUCUCCCUGAGACUGACGCGGCUUUCAGACAGAAGGCAGAGGCUGCUCCAGGAGCCCCGGUGGAGAACGGCCCCUGUGUUUCCUGCUUUGAGGAAACUCUUGCUCAGACACCUUGUGUUCCUCAAAGUGGCUGCACUUCAGAGGCCCGGACGCUGGAGGAAUGUAUGGCCGUCCUCUCAGAUCCUCAGAGGGGGACCCGUUUUCUAAGCGAUAAAGAGGUGAUGAACCUGGUGACCUCUCGUAACAUCCUCAACUACAAACUGGAAUCCGUCCUGGAGACUCCAGAGAGGGGCGUGGCCAUCAGGAGGGAAAUGCUUUCACUAAAACUGCCGGUUCUGUCUGCGUUGGCUUCUCUUCCUUAUAAGGACUAUGACUAUUCUAAGGUGAUGGGUACCUGCUGUGAGAACGUGAUUGGCUUCAUGCCGGUGCCGGUCGGAGUCGCCGGUCCUCUUCUGCUGGAUGAGAAGCAGUUCUAUGUUCCUAUGGCGACCACAGAGGGAUGCCUGGUCGCCAGCACCAACAGAGGAUGUAGAGCGCUUUCUCUGAGUGGAGGUUGCAGCAGCAGGAUCCUGGCUGACAGUAUGACGAGGGGUCCUGUGGUGAGGCUGCCCUCGGCGUGCCGGGCUGCUGAGGUCAAAGUGUGGCUCGAGACCUCUGAUGGGUUCAGUUUGAUCCAGGAGGCUUUCGACCAGACCAGCAGGUUUGCUCGUUUGGAGAAGCUGAUGGUGGCCGUAGCUGGGAGGAACCUGUACAUCCGCUUCCAGUCUCAGACAGGAGACGCCAUGGGCAUGAACAUGCUCUCCAAGGGGACGGAGCAGGCUCUGCACAGACUCCGACAGCAGUAUCCAGAUGUGGAGGUGCUGUCGGUCAGUGGCAACUAUUGCACCGACAAGAAGUCUGCUGCCAUUAACUGGGUCCUGGGUCGGGGAAAGUCUGCCGUGUCUGAAGCCACCAUCCCCGCCAAGGUGGUCAGGGAGGUGUUGAAAAGCAGCUCAGCUUCUCUGGUGGAGCUGAACAUCAACAAGAACUUGGUGGGCUCGGCGAUGGCCGGCAGCAUCGGAGGCUUUAAUGCUCACGCUGCCAACAUUGUAGCAGCCAUCUACAUCGCCUGUGGACAGGACCCGGCUCAGACGGUGGGGAGCUCCAACUGCAUCACUCAGAUGGAGUUUGCUGGUGCAGAGGGGGAGGACCUGUACAUCAGCUGCACCAUGCCCUCCAUCGAGCUGGGCACUGUGGGGGGAGGCACCAACCUGGCGCCACAGCAGGCCUGUCUGCAGAUGCUCGGCGUCCAAGGUACCAGUUCCAGAGAGCCCGGUGAGAACGCCCGUCAGCUGGCCCGGGUGGUCUGUGCCACCGUGCUGGCGGGGGAGCUCUCCCUGAUGGCCGCUCUGGCAGCCGGACACCUGGUGAAGAGCCACAUGGCCCACAACAGAUCCACAACAAACCUCUCAGAAACGCCUUCGGCAAAGUCGGAGUCGGCUGCGUGACAUCGACGUGUUGGCGAACAAACGCUAAACGGAAGACAACUUAACGGUGAGAACCGAGAAGAUCGACUGGUCUCCUGAUGACUCCUGAAGGGACGGCUGUGGGUCCAGGACGUCCAGACGAUGAAGACCAGCGGUCUGAUAACCAGACCCAACACACGAUGAAGACCACAGCCAACGUGUGCUCGCUUUGUGCCAUUCGCCUGUAACUGAACUUUGCGGUCGUGUUUUUGUCGUUGGACCUGAUCUUUGAGGAGACUGUGAAUCAUCCAUGUGGUCUGGAUUAGUAAACACCCACCAUGAUGCAGCUGUCCUGUGUGCCUCUUAAUGAAAAACAAUUGUUUCUUUCAUCUAAAAAGCUUGAAGCGAGAUCUUCAAACAGCUGUUACCGCUGAAGGUGAUAUUUGCUCAUGUUUUAAAACGGCUGAAUGUUUGCUGUGCUGAAUCAGUGUUGUACGAUAUCACUUGCACAACGCUUUCCUGAUUUAAGCGACUGUGUAUACUGUGUGUACUGCAGAACCACUGAGGCUGCUGGCUCCAGGAAGAAGCUGCCAACAGGUUUUGUCACAAAGUGACUUGUUUGAACACGUGUUACAGGCAGGUUGCUUCUUUGUGUUAUAGGACGAAGAGAAGUGGAAACUUAAAGCCAUAUUAACUAAUUUAAUACUUUCAUAUGUGGAAUGAUUGGAGGAAGUUAAAGGAAUUGCUGAGUCUGCAGGUUCUUGUGUUGUGGCCUUAGUUUGUCAAGGAGAACUUUCUAGAUAGAAUAUUUAAUUUUAAGCUAUUUAUUUCAACAGAUUGUGCUCCGUUUUGUUUCUUGGAAGAGAGUUAAAUUAUGUUCCAUCUUAAUGUCUGUUGAAUUUCUGUAUCCUGAAGAAAUGACUCUAAAUGUGGAAAAAUGGAGGAUAAAUGUAUUUGUCACUUUUGUAA